GUCCACGGUAAGUUGUUCUUCAGUCAUGCGGUCUUUGGCAUUAAAUGCAGGUGGUCACAUAGUCGGGCGAUCCCUGCUCAUCAACGGGUAACACAUGUGCAUUUCCCAACUUCAGGCAAGAAUCUUGAUGAUGACCCAUCUCGUCACACAAGAAACAAUGUAAGACGAAAGUGGUUUGGGACCCACCAUCAGACUAAAUCCCAUCAAUCAGCUAAGGGCCACAACUGGUGGUGCAAUGGCCGUCGCGGGUCGGGAGGGUGGCCAAGGAGAACGAUGAUCUCUAGGACAAUUGUUGUUCCACCAAAUGAUCCAUUGGUGCGCGUCAGAAAUAGAAUCGGGCACAAAACAUUCAAAGUAUAUUGGGAUGGAAACUGCAAAUCCCAUGUUGGU